CGUUCCUUGUAAUGUAUACACUCCACACUGUUUCACUUGCUUUUCAGACUGGAUAUGAGAACUCCCCGAGAAAUCCUGGGCAACGGUUCGAUCGAGUAAGGCCUCCAACGGCUAUACGAUACACAGCUUCGCCGAUAUCAUCGCUUACCCAUAAUCGAGCCACCAAUUUUACGCACCCCAGCCUCCGAUUCUCAGACACUGAAGAUAAAGCAUUCACCAACGAAUUAUAAUAUAUUCAACAACCCAAUGCGUCUCACCUAAUACUUCCGGCCCGAAUCUCUCCCUGUACAGCCAAGUUUCAAGCAUCAACGCCACGAGUGAACCAGGUAUCGACUGGGGGCGGAAAUCCCCUUAGGCAAGGUUUCAAGUUGAACCAAGUCCUCUCGUGCGAGUGUUUUAUCCAUGUGGUCCUAUAGGGCCAAUAUUGAGUUUAUACAGGUUUGAACGGAGUUACUUUUCUUUAUGCGGGCUGCUUGUCCUCGUUCCUUCUUUUCUCUGGAAUCAGUCAUUCAUUCACUUUGUGACAACUCGACUACACACUCUUUCUUUCCCUUCUUUUCCUCCUUCGCUUCUUCCCAAUAAUAACCAAACUGUCAUUUCUCUAAAUCUACGGCCAGUCUUUACCCCUCGGUUAGAAAGAAAAGGAUUCUAGAUGAUGACGCGCUUCAUACGCGCACCCUCCCCACUUCUCUUACUCCUCCUCUCCUCAUCACCAUUCAUAUCAGCGCUCUGCUUUCGACCAAAUGGCUCCGUAGACGCAAACCCGGAAUACGUACCUUGCUCCUCCGACCCAUCUGAUCCCUUCAGCAAUAUAUGCUGCGCAACGAAUCGACCUGCUGAUCGCGGCCCGGAUAUAUGUACGCCAAAUGGACUUUGUCAGGUGGGGUUGAAGAAGGGGGAGAAGCAGGGUGAUACUGCGUGGACGAAACCACAGUGUAAGAAUAAAGAUUGGCAGGGGUGUAUGGAGGUUUGUGGGACAGAUGAUAUGUCUUUCGUCACACCAUGCGACACGCCCGCCGGGAACUCCUCACGGCGCUGGUGCUGCGGUUUCCAAAACAAAGAUUGCUGUAACGAAGACAACGGGAAACCAAUAGAAACUCUAGCCCUCACAUUUGGAGCAUCUACAUCCUCCUCCACGCUCGCCCCCGUCUCUCUUCCUACCGACUCCACAGCGCCAUCCCAGUCAUCGCCAAAUCCAUCAACGACAUCCGUACCAAUUAUGCCCUCAUCCUCCCCCUUCACAAACCCCUCUACUCCCCAACAAAUCAAAUCCGAAGACGAGGGAAUGUCCGCUGGCGCAAAAGCCGGUUUAGGAAUCGGCAUUGCACUCGGCGUUGUCGCACUCCUGGGCAUGGGAUACUUCCUCGGCGCACGACUCCGUAAUAACAAAAACAAUACUACCGCCACAGGUCCAUAUGCUAUGAUGCCAGACCCGUACGCUGGAAAUGCGUAUCCCCCACCAAACACGUACCCGCCUGCAGUGUAUCAAGCGGACGUGCAGGCCCAAGGCGUGCCGCCUGCCGCGAUGGUGUAUUACAAGUACGAGGCGGACGGUGGGCCGAGAGUCGAAUUGCCAGAAAAUGGAAGGAUUGAGCUGCAGAGCUCGAGGGGUACGAAUGGCUUGGUCGAAUUGGAUGGUGGGGAGAAGGGGGGUGUGAAUGUUGAGGUGAUUCCAAUUUCGGAAAAAAGGCCUAGGUAG